GUCAGCAGUGUGGAAGCACUUUAAAGUGUCAGAGAAAGAGGCAAAAACGGCAGUUUGCAGACAUUGUUCUGCUGAAUUGUCCAGAGGGGGUGCAUCUGCAAAAACGUACAGCACUUCAAGUUUAAUUUAUCACUUAAAAUCAAGACACCCAGAACAUCAUGCAGAGUACGAGAAAGACACGGCGGCGGCUACGGCAACAGCAGCAGCGAAAAGGAAAGUAGCUCCCAGUCCUAGUACACCCACUCCAUCUGUGGCUGACUUCUUAGAAAAGGCAAAAAAGUUUGCCAAUGACAGUGCCAAAGCUAAAGGAAUUACUAAAAGGAUAAUGGAAUUCAUCGCAUUGGAUGAUCAACCAUUCUCGGUUGUAGAGGAUGUUGGAUUUCGCAGGCUUAUAGACCAUAUUGAGCCCCGUUACACCAUCCCUAGUAGACGGCAUUUCUCAGACGUGUGCUUACCUGAGAUGUAUAACGUAGUUUCAACUAACGUCCGUGAGCUUUUGGCUACAGAUAUUGCAGCCCUCAGCUUCACGACUGAUAUUUGGAGCUCGGAUGUGAGCCCCACCAGUAUGCUGAGUUUAACUGCGCAGUGGAUCGACACAGAUUUCAAGCUACAAAAGAUUGUGCUUCACUCACAAGAGUUUAGAGGGUCCCAUACAGCUGUAGCCAUAUCCGAGGCAUUCGCCAACAUGUUUGACACUUGGCGUAUCGACCGAUCUAAAGUGCAUGCGGUAGUCAGUGACAACGCAAGAAAUAUGGCUAAAGCCAUGGAAGAUAGCAAUCUGAAAGGCAUACGGUGUAUGGCACACACAAUUCAACUGGCGGUCAACGAGGGAUUGUUGAGUCAGCGCAGUAUAGCAGAUGUGAUAGCGAUAGGCAGGAAAAUUGUUGGCCAUUUCAAACAUUCACCGCUUGCCUAUGCGCGCCUGCAAUCUAUCCAAGAACAGUUCGGAAUGCCACAAAAACGUUUCCAACAAGAUGUGAGCACAAGGUGGAACAGUACAUAUUAUAUGCUGGAAAGCCUUUUUGCGCAAAAGCGAGUCUUGGCCACAUACAUAGCAGAUCAUGACCUGCCCGCAACAUUCAACGCAUACCAGUGGGUGUUAAUAGAGAACGUUCUCUCUCUUCUCGCCCCCUUUGAGCAGAUAACAAAAGAGAUAAGCUCAUCUGAUGCAUCUGUGGCAGACGUCAUACCCUUACUUGCAGCACUAAAGCGUCUUUUAAACAAAGAGGCUGAAACAGACCACGGAGUGAAAACAACUAAAAGUGCGCUCUUAGAAGCUGUCAGCACACGAUUUAGUCAGGCGGACUCAGAACCCCUGUACUGCAUCGCGACUGUGCUUGAUCCAUGAUAUAAAGAUCAUUACUUGGAUGUGGGGGAAAAGAUGCGCACACGAGAAAUGAUCCAGGCCGAGUUGGAUUUGGGAAAGCCGCUAGGUGAUGGAGACGGUCAGGUGAUGCACAGCGCAGGAGAUGAAAACAGCGCAGAGAGUAAACGGGCUCGUACUACAGAUGAGCCGCGCACAGUCUCGCUGUCUGACAUGUUCGAUGAGAUCCUCCAAGAGAAUAACCCAUUUGCAAGACAGAGGACAAGCUCGACCGCUCAACAGUUAGAUGGGUAUCUCUCAGAAGUCCCCAUCCCCAGGAGCAAUAACCCUCUCGAAUUUUGGAGGACCAAUCAAGGCCGCUUCCCCGACCUGGCGCAGAUGGCACGCAGGUACUUGUCUGCUCCAUGCACAAGCACCGACAGUGAGAGACUGUUUAGUGCUGCAUCUCAUGUCAUCGAUGAGAAGAGGAACCGACUUUCAUGUGACAAAGCAGAGAAGCUACUUUUCAUAAAGAAG